UCUUCCAUUUUCCACUCUCUCUCUCUCUCUCUCUCUCUUCGUUCUUCGUCUUCUUCCUUCCAAAAAAGCCUAUAAUUUCACUGCUUCUUCUUCUUCGAUCUGGGUCGUCUGAGCCACGCUUUUCCUUUCUCUCUCUUCAUCGACCUGAUUUCUCUCUCUCUCCUUGUUCUUCACUGGUUUUCGGAAUAGGGGUUUGGGCGUAAAAGAACUGUAGCGGAGAUCUUUUUGUUUUUUGUGGGUGUGAACGGAAACAGUAUGCGGUGGUGGCUGACUUUGUCUGUUGAUGUUUUCCGCAAAGUCAUCUCUUUGAACUUGUAUUGUAAAGUAAUUCUGUAAUCUCUCUUUACAAUUUCGAAGUCCCUUUCAAAAUCUUUCAGCCUUAUUAUCAGUUAUUUCCCAUGGGGUCCAGAUUUUUCAUCGUCGUUCCUUGUUAUGUCCGGCAGAUUAGCUGAACAUUAGCUAACUAAUUACCGAUUACCCGCCUCAAAUCUUUUGUCGGUUUUUCCUUUUUUGGUAGUGGGUUAGUUUAGCUGAAGUUAGAGUACAAACUUUUUCUUUUAAGUAAGUUUCUUCCUGGUUGUUCUGUCGUUUGGUGUUUUCUGGUGAUUUGUUUGAUUCUCUUUUGUUCUAUUUAGCCAAAGUCUGUCUUUUGUGUAUUACCCAAGUGCUGGAGAUAUUGUCCUUGGAAGAAGAUUGUGUUUUUUUUUCCCAUCGUAUUGAAGGGCUGGAAAGUAGUGAUGGUGUGCCAAGCAGCGAGUCAAACAAGAUUUCGGGCAUUGAAACACGAAAAUGGGAUUGCUGGGAGUGCAACCAUUAUAGUUAGAGUUAUAGCAUGCUUUCAACCUCUCCAGGACUGCCAGGCUGAAUAUUUCCGUCAUUUGCUAAAACCUGUUACGUAGAUAAAGUUUAUGCCUUCUGUAGUCAAGUUAAGCUGGAGUAUUUAGUUAUUUUCCUUGUUGGUGUAAGAAAGAGAGUAAUCAGCAUCUAGUUGUACAUACGUCGUUCUGGUAAUUGUUUUGGUUGAAUGGGUGAAGAUUGUGGAGCCUGGCAUCCCAAGCUUGGCAUUAAUUGGCAAUCACCCUAUCUUAAUUCUUUGGGUGCCCCAUUGGACUUGGGACAGUCUGCGUGUAUGAAUCCGAGCACAAAUAUGAUGUCCACAAAUGGUACUUUUUGCAGAUAUCCAUUGUCGGAGGCUCCUAAUUUGCGGGUUGGACAAGCGAAUGAACCUAAUGAUUGGUUUUAUUGCUUGCCCCGUUUCAGACAGGCCUUCGCACCCGCUCCAAACUCCAUUCUCCAAGAGAAACUUCCGGCCUUCUGUCAUGAAAGUUGUAGGGAGACCCUGAAGCCAAAUGUAGAAUCUGAAUGUGCUCAGAAGAGAUUCCUCGUUGUUGAUCAAUCAGGAGACCAAACAACUUUAAUCUUUAGUCCUGGGGUCGGUGCUUCGGUUCGUUGUCUUGCAUCUUGGAAGCGAAAUUCUGAUGGUCCUUAUAAUCUGUGUAUGGAGGAUCCUAGAACUGAAAGAGUCUUGAAAAAUCUCUCUGAUCCGGUUUUAACUGACGAAUUUAAUGACAAUGAUGAAAAUGGUGGGGAAAGUGAGAUGCAUGAAGACACAGAAGAACUUGAUGCCUUGCUUUACUCGGAAGAUGAAGAUGGCAAUUCCACCGAGGAUGAUGAAGUUACUAGCACGGGUCAUUCACCCAGCACAAUGACAUCGUAUGAUAAGCAAGAUUGGUUUGAAGGAAGCACCGAUGAUUUCGCUAGUUCUGUUAAAAUUACUAAGAAGCGGAAGCUUUUUGAUGGAGGUUAUGAUGUUAAACCAUUCCUCGAUGACACUGCAAGUUCUGUAAAAUGGAGCAGAUCAAUUGAGUUAGAGGACGAUGCCGAAUCUAGUUGUGCCAAUGCUAAAAGUUCUGGGUUGAGAGAAAUUGACUUCAUGUCCCGCAACAAGAAGAUAAGAAAGGAAAAGAUUCGGGAAACCGUUGGCAUUCUGCAGAGUAUAAUUCCCGAUGGCAAAGGCAAAGAUGCGAUUGUGGUCCUCGAAGAAGCCAUCCAGUACUUAAAAUACUUAAAGCUCAAAGCUAAAGCUUUUGGAAUUGAUGCUCUCUGAGUUUCAGUUCCUUUGUGUGGUGGUACGUUGUAUCUGUAAUUUUUAUAUUAGCAGUUCCUCAAUUAGAAGUCCAUAAAGGGUCUAUGCCGAAUAAGUCCAGUACAUAUGCCAUGGACAUGAGUUUCCUGAGUUAGAUGAUGAUAAAUGCUUUUGGUCGUGAAGGAAGCCCGAACCCUUUUAGCGUUUUUCUUUUCUUCAAUGAUUAGAUUGGAAUUUUGGCUUGUGUCUUCAGUGUGAUCGCUCAAGUUGGACUAGAAGGAUAAAAGAGUGGCGAUCAUCAGUCUCUGAAGCGUUUUAGCGAAAGUAUCACUUGCGUUUGGGCAUGGAAGUGGUUCUGUGGUCAGAGAAGACUUGAAGUUGAUUCCAGCUAGAAGAGAGUGGUAUUGGUGCGCACCCCCUUUGCUGUCCUGGGGCCCUCGUCAUCGUCUUUCUUUUGCCCUUUUGGUAUUUUCUUGUCAAAUCCAACUUUUUUGUGGGGUUUUCUUGUUCUUAUGAUGCAUCAAAAAUUUGCACGAGCGACGCAGCUUCUCCUUUCCACAUUGCUACUUGCCGACGGGGCCCAAGUUCCAGAUCCCUCAUUUUACUAGCGUCCCCGCUUUGCUUUUCAUCUGGUUUGCUAGCCAUUUUAGCUAGAGAAACCAAUUCAUUGUUUGGAAACUCGUAUUCAGACGUGUUUGUACCUGGUAGGAUGUUAAUUAUUGUUGUUUGGUCAAGUAUUUGUUUGUUGUUCUUGUUAAAUAUUGCUAUGGUGGUUUCGGUUGUUAGAGGUGAUGAUAAAGUUAGGUGUGAUUUAAUUUUGCUUUGGCCUUAUUGUUGGCCGUAUGUCUCUGUACUUAAGUCGCAUGCUAGCAUUUAUUGUAUGAGACAGCGAUAUAUUUGCAUAUUUGUGAUACCUUUCUCUC